AUGCCAGAAAAUCCACGCAUCUCGUUCGAAGCGCCCGAGGUGCAACAGAGAGCACUGAUCAAGAAAACAGAAUUAAAUCACGAGUGGCAACAGAUGGCUGUUGACACGUAUGCCAUCGCUAGUCAGAAAUUUAUGGAUAACAAAGAAAUCGCUGCGUUUAUUAAAAAGGAAUUUGAUUCGAAAUACACCGGGGUGUGGAACUGUGUGAUUGGGAAAGAUUUUGGAUGGUAA